UUAUACGAAGAUGCUCAACGAAAGAUUUGAAAGAGUUUGUGCCAUUUCAACAUUCGUUUGUUCGCCAGCCAAAACAAUCGCAACAUACAAGAACUUGCUUUUGUCGGAGGUAAGACACAUGAGGAAACAAGCCAAGAUUGAAAAUAGGAAGCUGAUGCAGCACAAUUAUCGAACCUACGAUUACGAGACCUUUCCGAAUUAUAUGCUUGUAUCAUUGGACUCAUGUGUUCUACCAGGGGACAAGUUUGAGCUAUUUGUUUGCUCUAGCUACCUUAUCUUGAUAGGAAAGCUAGCCAAUCAUAGUCCGAUCGUGAUCACUCACGAGUUACCAGACAAUGCAUAUUUUGCAAAAGGCGUCUCGGCUACGGUGGUGAAAGAGAAGAUUGUGAUUCAAUUCAAGAAACAUGUUGAUGUGGUUGGAGUUGAUGAAGACGACGGGAAUCCGUUUAGGAUUCCCAUUAAAGGUUUUUAAUAUAUUUGGAAAUUGUGUGUACAAGCCCUAACUUGAUGUGUGUUUUAGUAAUCUGAAUUCUGCAUGUUCUCAA